AUGUGGCUGGUGGCCAAACCAAAACCCGGGAAAAUUCCCAACUGCCCCUCCCCCAAAAACCAAAAAAAUCCCCUGGGUAUGCACCGCACCACCACCGCUGGGUUGGGCCCCCAAGACCGUCUUAAAUUUCACUGGUUUAUUCCUGUAGACACCCUGUGUGUGUCUCUGUGUGUGUGUGUGUCUGUCUCUGUGUGUGUCUCUGUGUGUGUCCUCAAGGUGAAGCUGUGUCUCUGUCCAGGUGGAGACAUCUCCACCAAGAACCUGUGGUUGUCGGAGGCCGUGCUGGACAUCCUACUGGACCAGAAGGACUGGGUGCUGAAGAGCGGGAUGCUGGUGGCCAUGUCCGUCUACACGUACCUUCGUCUCAUCGUGGACCACGGAGGCCCCACCCUCCUCAUCCUCCGCCAGAAGGAGGUCGACUACUGCAUCUCCAUGCUGAGGGAGAAGUUCGUCGAGUGUCAGGUCAUCGGUAGAGAUCUGGUCCGUCUGAUGCAGAACGUCGCUCGGAUCCCAGAGAUGGAGCUGGUGUGGAAAGACCUGCUACACCACCCACAGGCCCUGAGCCCUCAGGCCACAGGUGUCCUCCAGCUGCUGACUGCUCGGACCUCCAGGAAGUUCCUGGCCUGUCGCCUCACUCCAGACAUGGAGACCAAGCUGCUGUUCAUGACCUCCAGGGUGCGCUUCGGGCAGCAGAAGCGGUACCAGGACUGGUUCCAGAGGCAGUACCUGUCCACGGCCGAGAGCCAGUCUCUGCGCUGCGACCUGAUUCGCUACAUCUGUGGCGUGGUGCACCCGUCCAAUGAGGUGCUGAGCUCAGACAUCCUGCCGCGCUGGGCCAUCAUCGGCUGGCUGCUCACCACCUGCACGUCCAAUGUCGCCGCCUCCAACGCCAAGCUGGCGCUCUUCUAUGAUUGGCUGUUCUUCAACCCUGAGAAGGACAGCAUCAUGAACAUCGAACCAGCGAUCCUGGUGAUGCAUCACUCCAUGAAGCCUCACCCUGCCAUCACUGCUACCCUGCUGGACUUCAUGUGCAGGAUCAUUCCUCACUUCUUCCCUCCCCUGGAGUCUCAGGUGCGUCAGGGCGUCUUCAACUCGCUCACCUUCAUCAUGGAGAAGAGAGUGCUGGCUCACCUCGCUCCGCUGUUUGACAAUCCAAAGCUGGACCGAGAGCUCAGAUCAAUGUUGAGGGAGAGAUUCCCCGAGUUCUGCAGCUCGCCCUCCCCCCCGACUGAAGUCAAGAUGGAGGAGUCCACUUCUUUGGAGAUGGACAACAAUGUGUUGGACAAGGAGGACGGUUGCUAUGACAACACAGAGGCAGCCUUCAGCGACGAUGAGGAGGAAGUCCUCAACAAAGGCAAGAAGAGGGAGUUUCGGUUUCAUCCAAUCAAAGAAGCCGUGGUGGAGGAGCCCGCUGACAUCACACCUUGGCUCGACCAAUUAGACGACACCAUGAAGGAGAAAGUCCAGCAGCUGCAGAAAACCAGUGACACAGAGACUCAGUGUGAAGUGAUGCAGGAAAUUGUGGAUCUGAUCCUGGAGGAGGACUUUGACUCUGAGCAGAUGUCUGCUCUGGCUUCCUGUCUGGCUGAACUGUUUAAAGAUCACUUCAGAGGAGACGUCCUGCCAGACGAGAUCUCUGAGGAGUCCCUGGAGGAGUCUGUCUCCCAGCCCGUGUGCCUGGUGUUCAGGAACCUGGUGACCAUGCAGGAGGACAACAGCGGCUUCUCGGUGCUGCUGGACAUGCUGGCCGAGUUCUACCAGAAGCAGCCCAAGAUCGGCUACCACCUGCUGUACUACCUGAAGGCCAGCAAGGCGGCCAACGGGAAGAUGAUGCUGUACGAGUCCUUCGCCCAGGCCACGGCGCUCGGGGACCUCCACACGUGUCUGAUGAUGGACAUGAAGGCGUGUCAGGAGGACGACGUGCGGCUGCUCCACCUGCCUCCAUCUGCUCCAUUCCCAGAUGAGACCCUGAGGAGCGGGGAGCUGCUCAACAUGAUUGUGGCCGUCAUCGACUCCACUCAGGUGAGUUUCUCAGUCCCUCUGCAGUUACAGGAGCUGAUGUCCAUCCUGAUCCAGUCUCUGGACUGGGAGACCUUUGAGCAGUACAGCACCUGGCAGCUGUUCCUGGCCCACAGCGUCGCCCUGGAGACCAUCAUCCCCAUCCUGCAGCACCUCAAGUACAAAGAACAUCCAGAGGCCUUGUCCUGUCUGCUGCUCCAGCUCCGCAGAGAGAAGCCCAGUGAGGAGAUGGUGAAGAUGGUGCUGAGCCGGCCGUGCCACCAGGAGGACCAGUUCACCACGAGCGUCCUGAGAACCUGGAGCAGCAAGCAGGACGACAGCCUGGGGGAGCACAUCAAGGCCCAGAUGAUCAAGAACAACAGCCAGCCCCGCAAGAGGCAGAGCCUCCGGAGCUCCAGCAGUAAACUGGCCCAGCUGACCCUGGAGCAGAUCCUGGAGCACCUGGACAACCUGAGACUGAGCCUGAUGCACAGCAAGAACAGCUUCUUCUCUCAGACUCCGAUCCUUCAGGCUCUGCAGCACGUUCAGGCGAGUUGUGAUGAGGCUCACAAGAUGAGGUUCAGUGACCUCUUCGCCCUGGCGGAGGAGUACGAGGACUCCCAGUCCAAGCCGCCCAAGGCUCGCCGUAAAGCCCCCGCCUCCUCUCCGCGCUCACGCAAGGGGGCGGCGCCGCCCGCCAACGCCGAGGAGGACAGCGCCUCCAGCAGCGCCUCGGAGGAGGAGGACUCGAAGCCCAAGGCCCCCAAGAGGAAGAGGAAGGGCUCGUCGGCCGUCGGCUCCGACAGCGACUGACGGCCGAUCGAACGCCACCGACGGCAACCCUGGGAGAGGCCCCGCCCCCGGGGCCAGGACGAGAUCAGACUGACCGGUGGGUCAAAGGUCACCAUGUGGUGCGUCUCCCAUGAUGCACCUGGAGGUCCCGACAGACUGCUUUUAAUACAGGGAACAUGAUGAAGAGGUGUUUGUGGGUACUUGUGUCCCCCCUCUUUGUAUUUUCUCUUUUUUUUGGAGGGGAGGGGGGGAUUUGGACUCUUAUUGUGAAGGAUCAGGACUUCCUGUCUGUCUCUCUGCAGUAAAACUCGUCUGUUCAUCACGUCGUUACGUUUGAUCAGUUUGUCAAAAAACAUAAAAACUUCAAAAGAG